CAUCAUCAUAUAGUCAUUGCUAAAAUGUAUAUAUUUCUUAAUUCAGUUCUUGUAGUUAGGGGUGGUAACAUAUCACGUUUAAAGUGCUGUUUAGUAAUAAAGGAUGCGAGAGGUUUACAGGAAUGGGGAGAAAUCUGGAUUAACACAUCUCUUUUGACUUGGAGCUUUGUUUUGAACUCGAGGACACACUUUAAAGUGGUUCUGCAAUCAUACUCAAUUGUUACAAAAUUAGCCACAAGACAUCUUCAAGUACAAAGUGUCUGGACCAUUGAUAUUAGCAAGAUUAGAAGAGUAGCAAAUG